AAUAUUGCAUGUAAAUUUAUCCGGAAGUUAGUUAGGCCACACUCAAUGUGAUGUUUUAGAUCACCCCUUAUUUAAUGCACCAAGAGGUAUAAUAAUUGCCGUUCUGAUUGGCCUUUUGCUGGUGUUCUACUUGUUAACAUUUUGGAAAGGAGGAUACAGACUAAACGUAUGAAUGUCUGCAAGCUGUUGCUUUAAAGGAGACAUAGGGUUCAAACUGUCAAUGUUUAUAAAUGGAAUACAGUAUGAACCCUAACAACCCCUUCGGUGGACAGAAUCCAUCUGGCUCCCUUGGUCAGAAUCAGGGCAGUUCAUUAUUUGGACAACCGUCUGUGUUUGGGCAGACCUCUACAGCUUCACCUGUUCCUAUGUUUGGUCAAACAUCUGCUGGUUAUUCAGCUCCCUUAUUUGGACAGACUUCUGCUAAUCAUUCAGCUCCUGUAUUUGGGCAAACUUCUAGUACCCAUUCAACCCCUGUCUUUGGACAAGUCUCUACUGGCCAGUCAGCUACUCUGUUUGGACAAAACUCUACUGGCCAAAUGGCUUCCCUCUUUGGACAAACCUCUACUAGCCAAUCAGCUUCUGUCUUUGGACAAGUCUCUACAAGCCAAUCGGCUCCUCUUUUUGGGCAAGUUUCUACUACCCAGUCUGCUCCCCUAUUUGGACAAUCCAACACUAGCCAAAUGGGUUCCAUGUUUGGACAAGCUUCUAGCAAGCAAUCAGGGCCAUUGUUUGGACAAAACUCUUCUGCACAGUUAACACCUGCAUUUGGACAGGUCUCAAGUAGCCAGUCCACAUCUAUAUUUGGGCAAGCAUCUACUGGCCAGACUACUUCUAUGUUUGACCAGUCUUCUGGGCAGCCUCCCUCAAUAUUUGGCCAAGCCUCCCCUGGACAAUCUCCUCCCAUGUUUGGGCAGAAUGCUUCUGGUCAGUCUUCUGUAUUUGGGCAGUCUCCAAGUGGACAACCUACACCUGCAUUUGGAAAUACAAUUACUAAACAGUCUAAUCCUGCAUUUGGCCUUUCCACAUCUUCCCAAUCUGUUUCAGCUUUUGGGCAGGUUAAAAAUACUCCAUCUGCACCUGCUUUUGGACAAACCAGUGGUAGUCAGUCAGCAAAUCUUUUUGGGCAGGUCAGUACAUGCCAAUCUGUCCCCAUCUUUGGACAGACCACCACAAGCCAGUCUGCUUCUGUGUUUGGUCAGACUACAACUGGCCAGAAUGCUACUGCCCCUAGCUUGACGAGUAAUGCGACAUUUGGAACAGGUAUGUCAGUUUUUGGGCAAGGUACUGUUGGAUCCACAGUUCCUUUGCUUAGUCAAUCAGGCAAUGGGCAGGGUUCUGCAUUUGGGCAGGGAAACUCUGGGCAAGGCUUUCAGUUUGGACAGAUAUCUGCUCCGACUUCCUCUGGCUUUGGACAGACAACCACCAGCCAAAGUAAUUUAAUUAGCCAAACAUCUGGGCCUCAUACAGCCUUUAGUACAGCUCCUGAACAACAGUCUGGAUCAUCAUUUACACAAGGUGCAGUCGCAUUUGAGCAGUCUUUGUUUCGUAAGGGCACUAGUGGAUCUGAACAACUUUCUGUUUUUGGACAAAAUAGUGGAGCGUCUGAAAAGACAUCUGUUACGCUAGAAAAAUCAGGAAGUGGUUCUGUGUUUGGGCAGGUUAAUUUAGGAACUGAUUCAUCAGGUACUAAAAUACUAAGCAACUUGGGGCAGAUGUCUAAAGAAUCUUCCCGAAGCAACUUUAACCCUCCAUCAAAUUCUACUUUCAAGCCAAUUUUUGGAGCAGUGCCUGGAACUGAAAGUCAAGUGACCACCUCUAGUAUGAAUCAGAUGUCAAGUCCUAUCCAGCCUAUUGGUCACAGUGGUUCUAGGGUCUCUGCAGAAACACAGAACAGUACCACAUUCUCUUUUGCUUCAGCAGAUAGCAAAGAUAAAGAUGAAACUUCACGACCUGUCUGUGGUAGUGUCAGUAGCAAUUUUUCAAAUUUUGUAAGCCCUACUACUAGCUCAGAUCCCUUACAUGUAGGUGAGAUGUCCAAGAAAGAGGAUUCUCCAAAAGGUAUUAAGAGGAAGGAAGAAAUAGGGAGAUCCUCUGUGAAACCUCCCUCUUCAGAUGAGAACUUUCCAAGUUCACGCAGUGACCAUCCUCCAGAAAAGAAGCCCAGUAGGCUUGGACGACAGCUCACAGGUGGUGCCAAUAUGUACGUUAGAAGCUUAUAUGAUGUAGUUAGAAGUCAUAUGAAGACUCAACAUAAAAAGGAACCCCCAAGAGAAAUAGAGGAAGCAACACACCACCAGGAGCCUCAAACUGAAUCACCAUCAGCUAGUUACCCAUUAGAAAGCCAAUCUGUGUCCAUUAAAACAGCUUCAACAGUUGGUUCAAGUCAAUCUUUCUCUGGCAAAGUCCCUUUACUUGCUGGAAUCAACCAACAAAUGCCAAAGCGUAACUAUAUGCAACCUGGACAAAGCCAAUCACUUGUUUCAAGAGCUCAUCUUACAGCAGGGGUUAGCCCACAAAAUCUGGAAAAAUCUAAUUCACCAAGUGUUCAAAGUCAGCUAGCACUUACCAGACCUCAACCUUUGCCAGACAGUGAGGAGCACUCUUCAGACAAUUUAGCUGUUCCUGCUAAAACACCACUGCGCAGAACAUGCAGAGCAGACAGUGGGUCAAGAACAGACAGGGCAAUGCGGUCUCCAAAUGACGCGACUUCCAUUCAUGUCACCAACUUGCCUAAUCAUCUAAACCAAAAGCAGCAUUUGGAAAAAUUCUUCAAAAAAGCAGGAAAGGUGCAGAGGGUGUAUUGUAAACUUGCUCGGAAAAUGGCGAUCAUCCACUUCCACAAUCACAUGGGUGCUGCCAAUGCAAAGAAAAUGGCAAAGAAGCUGCACAGUGAUGUAUGCAUAUUCUUUCAAAAGAAGAAAACCAGUCCUGGUAAGAAGGGGGAGUUCUUAAGUAAAAGUGAGCAACAGACAAAGGAGAGAGCAGAAAGGCUGAGUGAUGAAGAGAGCACCAUGCCUUCCCCUCUGCGGAAACGACUGGUCCGAGAUAUAACUGCUGGCGCUAAACUGUCCCCACAGCAGAAACCUGGGUUCUCCAAGGCUCUGCAGUUCGAUAUUGAAAGCUCUGAUGUCCAAAAGCCACCGUCUGAUUCUUCAGGUGUAGCACUACCACCUUCACUUUCUCACCUUUUGGGAGUGGUGGCCGAGAGUUCAGACGACAAGUACGAACUUCUGAAUCAGCGGGACAAAAUAUUGCGACAAGCUCGUGUUAAGAGAACUGAAUUAGACCAGGCCAAAGUGUUUGUUGGAACAUGCCCUGAUAUGUGUCCUGAAAAGGAACGAUACAUGAGGGAAACUCGCAACCAGCUGAGUAUAUUUGAAGUUCUCCCGGGAACCGAUAAGGUAGACCAUUCAUCUGCUAUAAAGGAGUAUAGUCGUUCCUCGGCUGAUCAGGAAGAGCCUCUGCCCCAUGAACUGCGCCCCACCUGUGUUCUGACUAUGACCAUGGACUACCUGGUGACUCAGAUCAUGGAUAAGGGAGAGGGGAAUUAUCGCGAAUGGUAUGACUUUGUAUGGAACCGGACUCGUGGAAUAAGAAAGGACAUCACACAGCAACACUUGUGUAACCUCAGUAGUGUGUCUUUGAUGGAGAAAUGUAUGCGCUUCCAUAUACACUGUGCCUUUGAGCUAUGUGAAGAGCCUAUGUCUUCAUUUGAUGCAAAUAUCAACAUUGAGAAUUUGACAAAGUGCUUGCUGAGUUUAAAGGAGAUGUACCAAGACCUUCACAACCGUGGGAUAUCCUGCCCUUGUGAGCCAGAGUUCAGGGGAUACAGUGUCCUGCUUAAUCUCAACAAGGGAGACAUUCUCAGAGAGGUGCAAGAAUUCCAUCCUACAGUGCGUAACUCUGAAGAAGUCAAGUUUGCAUUGCAAGUGUUUGCUGCUCUGAAUAGCACGAAUUUUGUAAGAUUCUUCAAACUGAUGCAAUCAGCAGCAUAUUUAAACAGUUGCAUUUUGCAUCGCUAUUUUAACCAGAUCCGUCGAGAAGCACUUCGAGUUUUAAAUGUUGCAUAUACUCCCAGCAUCCAGAGGCCUACCUUAUUCCCCCUGGAGAGCAUGCUACAGCUGCUGGUUUUCCAAGAUUCAAAUGAGGCCACAGAAUUCCUUACUUCUUAUGGGCUCAGUGUAUCUGAUGGUAAUGUUGAACUAAGUCGUUCUGCAUUCUUUGAGCCUGAAGUUCCACCACAUCCCAAGAAAAGCUUCUUCAUCCGCCGAAAGCGGCAAGUAUCUGUAGGGGAGAUUGUGAAUGGAGGACCCCUCCCACGCUUUUCUCUGCAUAAUCCCGUGUCUAGCUUUGAUGGUCUGAAUAAGUACACAGGAGGGGGAAGCUUAGUUGAACCAGGACUCGGAGGUACCCAAGAGACACCUGGAUCUGCUAUGUUUGGCAUAGAAAAACCAGAGCGACAAAGUGAACCUGAAGAACAGACUAACAGGCGGCCUUUUGGACUUCACCCAGAGAACAUAGAACCUAUCCCGGUUGUCCCCAUAUCAGUCUUGCAGCCCAUAUUGCUACCUAAGCCACCCCCAUCUCCUCCAAAGCAAGUAUUUACUCAUGAGGGUAUUGAUGUGGUGGCACAGGAUAUAAUUGAUGAAAUAUUGAAAGAACAAAGUUUUGAACUCAUCCAAGAUGCUACAGCAUACAUCUCUGCUGCCAGAGGGGAAACAGUCCCUAUUGCUGAUGUGCUGCUCACCGAUGUAAUUUCUGAGAUCUCGCACAGAGUCGCAGUGGAAGAAAUGAGCGCUGAGAAGCAAAGAGUGAAGGAAGAGAAACGCAAAAAGGCAGAAGAAGCCAGGCUAAAACAUGAGAGGGAAAGGCUGCUAGACCAGAUCAGUUUGUCUCAGUGCAAAGAUCUAUUGAAGGAGGUUUUAACGGACAAUAUCUACAAUAUCUCAAAUGAAGAGCUCAGGUAUGCUGUACAGUUAGACAGAAAUGCAUGCAUCACUCGCUGCUCUGAAAAAGUGUGUGAUGAGUAUCUGUAUCAGUUCUUAGAACUGGAGAUCUUUGAGUUGGCAAAAGAUUCACUGCGUGAGAUGCAAUAUUACAGCAAGUACCUACAAAGAUGGAGGGAGGUUCUGGCUGUGCGGAAGAAGCUGAGGCGGCAAAUGCGAGGGUUCCCAGCGGCACCUGGUUCUGUAAGCCGUGAUGAGAAAUUAAAAGCCUUAUUUCCCAGCGCUGCCUUACGUGGUGCCCCUCCAUCCUUUACAAGUUUUCACCAGAGUAGAGAGCAGAUAUUUCACCAGAUGAAAGUUCAGCAUUUUUUCCAGAAGUUGUUAUGUGAUGCUGCAUGGACACCUCUAGAGCUGCCAUCUCUAAUAGCUCAGAAUCUCAACUCCUGGAAGGACUGUAUCUUUUGGAAGUUGGUAUUACUCCUACCAGAAACUUCAGAAACCCCUGACUCAAGCACUAUCCUUUCUGAGUGGUUAAAGGCUAAGUUCUCCUGGACAGAAAGUCAGACUCCAGAUACGCAGCAGCAAAGUGUAGACACAUUGGUACUCAACAGCUCUCUUGAAUUUCAGGAUGGCCGUCCUGUGCGUGUUAAUAUGUGUGUGAAGGUGGCACAAGGCCCACUAACAGACACUGAGAUGGAGCAAGCGGAGACAAAGAAAGAUCUCUUAGGAACCAGUGGCCUUAUCCUUUUAUUGCCACCUCUAGAUGAUAAUACAGAGGAUGAUGUGUAUUUGCUGUCUGCCUUAGUACAGCUCAAACAACUACUUCAGGCCAAGCCAUUCCAGCCUCCAAUUCCCCUUGCUGUGCUGGUUCCAUCAGUUGGGAUGAACGCUAUGAGUAAAGUAUAUGAAGGCCUAAAUCUUUCAGAUUUAGUCUCAAAUGGUCUCAUUUCAGAGUAUCAGAUUUUCUCUCUUACCGGUUCUUUAGAUGACUUGCAAGGGACUGAGCAGGUCAUUAAUGCUGUACAGUUCCUACUCUCCAACUGCCCUCGCACCUUGGAACUAUGCUCCCUUCCACUGCGCCAGUUUAUAGAAGAUGGCGUAUGUAGUGGAUUUAGUGAACCUUUCCAUCGAGAUGUGUGGGAAAGAAAGAAGGCUGGCCUCCCCCCACAGGAUCCUGCAGCAAUAAUUGAUCUCUACAACUGUGUUCUUGCUUUCUUAGCUAAUGUUGUUUCCUCAGAGCAGCUCUCUGAUAUCUCAUGGCCAGUAACCGAGUUCUCUUGUCCUGAUGGUAACGCUGUACUGCCACAUGUCUGCUGGAACCAUCCUGGGCAUCUUGCCUGGCUAAAGAAGUCCGUACUGUCCUUUCAGAUGCCACAAAUGGACAAACCUCCCCCAGGAGCUCCCUGGGUUCCUGUCUGUUCCAUGAUUCUUGAGUACAUCAAUCAGAUCUGUCGAUGCAAGCAGGGACUCCCAGUCUUGCUCUCAGAGGUGCAGAUGCUUCUCAGACAUGCAUAUGAGAAACUGCAUACAAGUGAGGGUGACCGAUAUGAGGAGGAGUUUCCUGCUGAAGAAUUUCCAUGGGAUGAUUUAUUAAAUCUUUGUAUCAACCACAAGCUUCGAGACUGGGACCCACCUGUGAACCCCGAAUACACAGGUUCUCCUGAAGACAUUCGUGUAUAUUUCUUGCAAGAUGAUCUGCGGAAUCUGAGCCCUUCAGAUUUAUGGGAAAGAGCUCGGAUGAGUACACACACAGAUGUGCAGGAGACUAAUGACAGUGCAACCUACAGGCAAUGUCUCCCCACACAAAGGACAAAAACGUUGACUUCAAUUUAUGUGAACCCUGAGGAAACCCUGGACAAGGAAGAGUUAGGAUCGGAGUUUGAACACAUAAAUAAGCUCAGGUUGCAGCUUAAACAAUCAUUGGAGGCUGAGAGGGAAGAGAGCAAAGGGUGUAAGGAAAAGCUGCAGAAUUUUCUUGAAGAGGAAGCACUGGAAUCCUGUGCUUCUCCUCUUCUCCCUAUGUACCUUCCAGAAGCAUUACUCAGGCCCCAAGGGACAUCUACAAAUCUGUCACAUAGUGGUGCGCAUUCCUCCCCGCUGAAAAUGUCUCUAGACACUGCUCUAUAUAUUCCUUCCCCACAAAGAGCUGUGGAGCGUGACGUGUCUUCUACCACCUUACAAAGAGCUCUGUACAAAUCUCCACAACUGAGAUUAUCCGAGAAUAUCAUUCGCACUCCCUCCCAAGAGUCAUCUCUAAUGGAGAACAUCUCUACAGCAUCUUUGCGUCCCACUCUUACAGACAAAUUGAACGAGCUGCGCAGACUCAUUAAUGCAAAUCGACAGGAGAAUUCCGCUUUAGAACUGCACUUAAACACCCUGUUGGAUGUGGGCAAACCAUAAGAUGCAGCAGAAAAUUUUAUUUGAUGAAUGCAGAGGUCUUGUGAACUCGUUAAACAACGAGUGGAAACCCCUCCUCUGUCAAGUCAAGCUGUGUGGACUCAAAAUAAACUUUUUAAAGUGACUUCUGUUUGUAUUAUCUUGUGCAGUUCACUGGUCUCUAAACAGAGUGGAGUUGUCUGUUAUGGAUAUGUGUUUUAUUAACCAUCCUCUGGGGAUUUUCCUUAAAAAGCAGUAUCCUGUUGAAAUGAAAAAGAGAAAGCAUAACCAGAGAACCUCUACAUUAGAUGUACACAUUGCUAAAUACAAUAGAUGUCACCUAGACCUAUGGCGGCAUAAGAAAAGUUUGAUUGAAACUGUCCUGGAUCCUGUGAAACUCUGUCAUGCCAGUCUGGCCCUGAAUAGACCAUUUCUGGUUUGAAUACUAAGAGAAGAACAUUACAAUAAAAAUACUGCUUUAUACCACCAUACUUGUUGUCAAAUUGACUAUGGUGGAAGCUGACUAAAUAUUUAACCUAAACAAAACCUGUUCAGUUAAAAAUUUCAGUAUGAGUAUCUGUUUUUUUGGAAUAUUGUUUUACGUACAAAAAAACUAAGUUGAUAUAAACAUUGUACCACACGUUUAGUAAGCUGUUUUGAGGAAGAAAUGUUCAAUAGGUAUUGAAGCUGACAGAUGGAAACCUAUUGACACUUAAAGGAGAAGGAAAGGCAUAAUCCUCGGUGGGUGCCAAUGAUAAUUGAUUACCUGAGACCUUGGCCCUGUGCUCAUUUUCACCAAAAACUGCCCUGGCAUGGGAAACUACUGUAGGAGCACCCCAUUACCAUGUUCCUUGUGGAUCCUUUAUACAGACCAUGCAUUGUGCGCAUUCACUGCAGCUACUGCACAGGAGCACAUUGGUUGGAAAGGAUCUCUAGGAUUUACAAGAAUAUGGCAGUGUGGCACUCCGUAACAGUACCCUGGGCUGAUUCCGUUUUCAGCAAAUAUGUGCACUGGCCCCGGGGUCUACGAUAAGCAAUUAUAGUCACUGGGAGAUGCAUAACAAAUUGUUACUCCCUUUUUUUUUCUUCAUUCCCAAAAGAGAAGCAACGAUGCAUGUAAUCUAACUAAAGUAUGUGUAAUCUAUGCAUUUUAAAUGUACUUUUUUAAAAAUAAAAAUCAUUAAAAUGUU